GCGCUCACCACACACCAUCAUGCAAGUCGACAACCCAAUAUCCCAACCAUCGCUGUUCGCACCAUCGUUCAGCACCGAAUACUCGCUAGAUCUCAGCGAUAUCUUCCAUAACGACCUCUUCGCUUCGGUGCCCUCCGGCUCCACCGCGGCCUCGUCCUCUUCCCCCUCUUCAUCCCGCGCCACGACCCCCAGUGUCCUCACACCCCCUCAGGCCACUCUGGACACCUCUUUCCCCGACAUCCACGAUGGAACCAGCCCGGGAAGCCUGCUCGGCUUCAUGGACGAGGACAUCAAAUCCUUCGAUCCUAUGUCUAUGCUGAAUGCCACUGCCUCCAACCCGUAUGCUUUCCUCAGCGCCUUCGGUAGUGGAAAUGCCACCGCCUCGUCAUCUGCACCCGGCUCUACGGAGCUGGAUGGUCUCUUUGCUAUCGACCCCCAACUGGUCGAUUCGCCUGCACCAGCAGUCAUGACCGAUUUCGAAGAAAGCGCAUCGCCGGAGUCGUUGUCCAUGUCUCCCUCGGCCGACGAUGAAGAGGAUUUGGCAUCUACGACCAUCGUUCCCGUCAAGGUCGGAGGUCACGGCAAAGGCCGAAAGGGCACGGUCGCUAGCGGGGGUGUGAAAAAAGCCACUGCCGCUGUGACUGCUGCACCGAACAAAGAGAACGCCGUCACAUUCCACCCAUCGAUGCUGCUGCCACGCAAGAAGGACGGCUUCGAUGAUGAUGACGACGAGCACGAGUUGCCGGAAGACUGGCGUCCGCCUCCCGAGGUGUUCCAGAAGAUGACCAGCAAGGAGAAACGUCAGCUGCGCAACAAAAUCAGCGCACGUAACUUCCGUGUCCGCCGAAAGGAAUAUAUUUCUACGCUGGAGGAUAACAUUGCUGAACGUGACCGGCUUCUUACGGCCAUCCGCGCCGAACUUGGCAGCUCUCAGAGCGAGAACGUUGCCUUGCGGCAGGAAAUUGCCACGCUGAAGCGGACGUUGCUGGAGAAUCGUGGGCCUGCCCCCGUUCUACCUCCCCCCGCACCGCUUUCACCGUCGUGGUCGAGGCUCCCCAUUGCCCACGCCCAUACUCACAAGGACCUGGCUGCCAACUCCCGAUUCUGGGGUGGCGUGUCCUCGUCUUUGGGUGGCGGAUUCACCAGCGUGCAUACUGUCACCAUUCCGGAUCUGUUGGGUGCCAAUCCGUUCGCUUCGAGUCCAUUCGCCAGUGCCCUGCCUGCAGUUAAGGAGGUUCGCACCAUUCCAUCUUAUCAAUCUGAACAUCUUCUGAACGCACAACAGCAAGAGAACCUCAAUCCGGCACUCAAUGGAAUCAAACCAUCAGAGGUCUUACGCAGCGGACUCGGUCUUGGUGCGGGCACUGGUGCUCCGACUUCCAGCGGCGAUGCAUUCGGAGACGUCAACCCGUUCACUGUUCGCAAUCUCGAUUCGUACAGGAUGCAUCUAUGGGAACGUAUGGCUGCUCAGUACAAGUACAACAACGAGCUUCCAUCCAAGACGCACUUGCCAACGCUUCCCCCGCUCACUGGAUUGGCCAGUCGGAUGCCAACGAAACACUUCCAGUCCCCGUCGACGAAUGCCAACUCGCUUUCGUCCGCUAUGUCUGGCAUGUCAUUGUCUGGCAAACCCAGUGGCAGUACUCCCUCUGUGCAUCAACGCUCCCUGGAGAAACAGCGGGCCGACGCCGAGGUCGCGCAGACUGCUAUGUACACUGCGAUGGCCAGUCAGACUCUCCUGAAACGACUCGGUGGAGCGUUCUGGGACGCCUUCUCUGGAAACGAGAACUCUCCUUCGCGAUUGGCUGCACCGAAGCUCGAUGCAGACAAAGUGCGCAGAGUCCUCGAUGGCACAGCUGUCCUCAAGGUUGUCGAUGUCGAUCCUCCGUCUCCGAAAGUCCAGUCGUCGGCGAAGACCGCCGUGCCCGUCGCGUGCACAUACAGCCUAAAUAUGGCGUCCAUGCUCGAGGAAAGCAUGCGUUCGCUCAGUCUCGGAAAGAAGUCUCAGUAGUCUUGUUAUGUCAGCCAUAUGUGCCACCACAUCCAUCACUCUCCUUCCCUCCUCGCAGUGCUUUGACGAACCGAUUUGUUUGUCAGAUCCCAACCCAUUUUCGGACCCCCAGCAUUCCAAAUCCACUCCCUUAUUCAAGCGAAACUGUAUAUAUACUUAUUAGAUCGUCAGCUAUCCUGUGUAGCUUGGAUAAUACUCGAUACUCAUUGCAAUGUUGAUCGUUGAAACGCCGAGAAGGCCAA